AGACACUCCCCACACACCCGCUCCGACACACAUCCCCUCGCCACCUCAAUGGCUCAGCAACCUCGCCCUUCCUCAUCCACCUCGCAUACUGAGAAUUGGAAGACGGGUCUGCGCCCACCACCAAAAGACUACCGUCCGCAGACCGAAGACGUGACUGCCACCAAAGGAGUCGAGUUCGAAGACAUGUUCCUUCGCCGGGAACUUCUCAUGGGCAUCUUUGAGGCCGGCUUUGAAAGACCGUCCCCCAUCCAGGAAGAGGCCAUUCCCAUCGCACUCACCAAACGCGACGUCCUCGCACGCGCCAAGAACGGUACAGGCAAGACUGCUGCAUUCGUCAUCCCCUCCCUUCAGCAGGUCGACGUGAGCAAGAACAAGAUUCAGGCGUUGCUCCUCGUCCCCACGCGUGAGCUCGCGUUGCAGACCGCCCAGGUUUGCAAGACGCUUGGGAAGCAUAUGGGCAUCCAGGUGAUGGUCACCACGGGCGGCACGACCCUCAAAGACGAUAUCAUACGUCUAUCUGAGGCCGUACAUGUCCUCGUUGGUACCCCUGGACGUAUACUCGACCUUGCGGGCAAGGGCGUUGCGGAUCUCAGCGAGUGCCCCGUCUUCGUCAUGGACGAGGCGGAUAAGCUACUGUCGCCCGAGUUCGCACCCGUCAUGGAACAGCUGCUCUCCUACCUCCCCAAGACUCGCCAGGUCAUGCUGUUCAGCGCUACGUUCCCUAUGAUUGUGAAGGACUUCAAAGAGAAACAUAUGAAGUCCCCGUACGAAAUCAACCUCAUGGAGGAGCUCACUCUCCGUGGUGUCACCCAAUAUUACGCCUAUGUCGAAGAACGGCAGAAGGUGCACUGUCUCAAUACUUUAUUCUCCAAGCUGCAAAUUAACCAGUCUAUCAUAUUCUGUAACUCUACAAAUCGCGUCGAGCUCCUCGCCAAGAAGGUCACCGAGCUCGGCUAUUCGUGUUUCUACUCGCACGCGAAGAUGCUGCAGUCCCACCGCAACCGCGUCUUCCAUGACUUCCGCAACGGCGUAUGCCGCAACCUCGUUUGCUCGGACCUGCUCACUCGCGGUAUCGACAUCCAGGCCGUCAACGUUGUCAUCAAUUUCGACUUCCCCAAGAACGCGGAGACGUACCUCCACCGUAUCGGCCGUUCGGGUCGGUUCGGCCAUCUUGGUCUCGCAAUCAACCUCGUCACAUACGAGGACCGUUUCAACCUGUACAAGAUCGAGCAGGAGCUCGGUACAGAGAUCCAGCCGAUCCCCCAGCAGAUCGACAAGGGCUUAUACGUCGCGCCGACGGGACCUACCGAGGACAACACGGAGCAGCAGCAGAAGGGCAAGGCCGUUGCUCAGCAGCCCCAACCUCAGCCUCAGCCUGCACAGAGACAGGCGCACCAGCCUGUUCCCCAGGUGCAGACGAGACAACAGGCAUCGCCGCAGGUCAUGUACCAAAGCGGGCCUCCGCAGCAACGCGUGAACGGUGGUCCCGUGCCUCAACAGCAGCCAUAUCCGAACGGGUACCGCGGGGUUCCAGUAGCGCGAUGAAGCCUUCUUAGUCCCAUCGCGAUUCGUCUUCGUGCUUAGGAGGAUGUUCUAGUUGAGAGAGGAAGGGAGAAGCGGGGGAGGAGGAGGGGAGAGUGCGUGGAUGGAUGUUGUUCCACGUUGGCUCGACCUCACGACACACACAAUGCUCUUUCGGUUUGCUCUGGCAACUUCAGUUCAUCGCAACAAGAAGGGAUCCUUGUACGAUAUCAUAUGCCCACCUCGAACACUCGCAUCGCGCCUCGCCUUACCGACACAACCAAUCGCAAUCACCCUGACUAUCACUAUCGACGCGCAUUUUCGACCCUCCCGCUCACGCACCUCACCAUCGCAGCCUCCUGUCGGACUCGCACCGUUGUUACUCCGCCCCCUCCAGUCGAACCAAUAUCUACGCUUACACCUUUGGACGCGUUGCCCCUGACAUUAUCGCAAUGUUACCCCCAACACCAGCACCACUGCAUAGCAGCCCUACACCCCAUUGAACCCCUCUCUGCCCUACACCAAUGCGAUCGCGCUAGAGGACUACGCUCUAAGCUGUUGAUCUCCUGAAUUGUUCCCGUCGCCUCAAUCGCCCUCGACUCGUAUUAUACGGCUAUCGUUUACUUUCGCUACUCGCU